UAUGCAAGCUGGAAUCGAUCCUGAAACAAUACGAAUUCAUCAAAUAAUUGUAUUCGAAAACUGUACACAGCUUGUUCAAAAAGAUUAAGGACUUCUGUUGUAGUAAAUCCAUUAAAACAGUUCUUGUAUGUCCUUGGGUAUACAUCUAUCAUCAACCAUCAGUUAUCAGACACGAGUCGCGCAUGUGAUACGUGUUGUGAUACGUACAGUAAAAUGGCACUGCCGUUUCAAGACAGGCAAAGACCUGACGAAGCUACUAAUCGCUACCAUAGUUUUAGAAAUGACUUUGAUACCGUCACUGUUUUAGGAUUUUCUAGUUAUGUUCAUCCAAAUCAAAUUGUGGACUUUUUUACAUCGAAAGAGGGGCAUUGUUGGUGCGUUUCAAUAAAUAAUUAUCCCCCAAGGGUUGUGCUUCGAUUCAGUUCGCCCAUCGUAGCUCAGAGAAUCGUCUUAAGGUAUGACAAUGCUAAUGUUUUUGGCCAAAGGCUUAGAGUAGUUCCAGCAAGUAUUCACAGAGAACAAGAAAAUGAAAGAAAUAUUUUACAGCCUGUCAGAAUUUCACCUGCAUUGUAUGGUUCAUAUACACCCCGCAUAUUCCCAAAACAUGUUCAGACUCUUCAACUUCUCCAGCCAAAUUCAAUGGCUAUGUCAGUGGUUAAUAAUGGAACAUCAUUUUUAAAACUGGCAAAGGUCUUUCUUGUUCAAAAAGCUCUGCAGGAUGGCAAAAUCCAAAACCCAAGAAAAAUCGAGACACCUUUAUUACAAAAUCAAGGAUUUCAAUCACCAAUGCUGGGAAACACACCAAACAGAAGUACAUUGUUAGACACUCGUCAUCAGAAUUAUAACAAGAAUAAUCCAUGGAAACCUUCAAGUUGUACUGGAAAUUUGCAAAAGAAUACAAGCAAGGAAAGUUUAACAAGCAAGAGCAAAGCAGAUGAAAAAAGUUCCCUGGCAGGUAACAAGAAGACUGCAAAUGAUUGUGAUGAAGGGAUACGCUCGAAAGAUCAAACCAUCAUCAACAAAGAGGAAGAUAAAAAAGUGAAAGAGGAAGAGAAGGGAGUGGUCAACAUAAUAAAGAAAGGAUCUCAGAUCAGUGACGGGCCUUUCAUAAGACGGAAGAGACGCAGAAAAAGUCGGGGGCGUAAGAAAAACAGUAUUAGUAGUAACACUGCAGCUGAUUUUAAGAAUUCCUGUUCAAAAGCUGAUCUUCCUGCUGAUAAGAAAAUCGUGAAAGGUAAUGAGGUAUUGAUGAAGGAAACAAAACAAUCUGUUGGCGUUGAAGUGAAAUGUCCAACAUCGGGAGAAAAAGAGAUAGAUGCAAGAUGUCGAAAAACUGCACAGAGUUCUGGCAAAAAUUGUGGCAUUAUGGCAGCCGUAAGCGAUAACAAUGAUAAUCACACUGAAAGGAAGACUCUAACGCAUUCAGAUAAUAGUCACACGAAAACAAGAGAUCAGUGUGAGGAAAACAACGUGAACGUUUCAGAUAUUAAAUCAAGCAAUUGCCCAGUCGAUGGCAGUAGGAACAAAUGUGAUAAGGACGAGUGUAAACAGUCUGUUAUUGUAAACAAGGAGAGUAAUACGGCUAAAAAUUGUUGUCUUUAUAACAAGGACGAUGGUAGUGGGUUAGGGACUACUAAGAAAUGUUCAACUGAUAGCAGCUACAAGAAAUUUAGUGGUGGGAACAAAAGUGAUAAAGCCGAUCAGCAGAGUUCUGGUGCUGGCAUGUACACUUCAAAAGGUAAAGGUUGCGGCAAGAAUAAUGAAUCAAGCAAAAGUAUGCCAAAAGAUAAAGGUUUCCUAAAAAGCAGUAUGACAAAUAUCAGUCAGGAGACAAACACGAAUGGUGAUGGUAUUAGGACGAGCAUUACCAAAGGAAAGCUGGAAGCAACACAUGGUUUUCCGAAAGCAAGCGGCAACAAGAAUAGUGUGCCACAAAGAAACAUGGCGACUGAAAAACAUUGGGUUAACACAAGUCGUGGUAAAGGCAGCCAAAAACGAAACCAAAGUGAUGUUGCUGGUUUAAAAAAAAUAAGCAGGGUGAAAGUAACGGCCAUAACAAAUGUAAGUCAAAAUAUAUUAAGAGCAGUCUUAAGAACGACCGCUAUAUUGUGGGAAAGGAUUCAAUGACAAGUAACAACGCGGGACAAGGUACAUCAGGUAGCAGAAAACCUGCGAAAGACGUCGUACCUUCGGCCAAAAUUAGCCUGCAAAACAGCGAUAGUAAAAAACCCAGAAAAACUCAAAACGUGCCAAAUCCUAAAACAUCUUCAAAAGCCAACCAAAAGAAAUACGAAGGGGAUCAAAUGAAGGGUACACCGACAGAGGAUAGCUUGGAAACGAUCUCUGAUAAAAAUACAUCAAAUAAUAGCAGUCAGACGAGAAUCGACAUUCAGAAUGCAACA